CUUUUGGAGAUGUCUUCCCGAAUUGCCAAAGAUUUAGUUAAAAGUAAAUGGGGAUCAAAGUCUGGUAACUCCAAAUCUGAAACUGCCUUAGAGAAAUUUAAGGGAGAAACUGCAGCCCUUAAAACAUCGGUGGAUGAAAUCACAAGCGGAAAAGGAAAGCUGACUGAUGAAGAGAGACAGAGACUUCUGGAGAAAAUCCAAGUCCUCGAAACUGAGAGGGAGAAGAAUGCUUACCACCUCGCAGAGAAGGACAAAGAAAUACAGCGACUGAGAGACCAGCUGAAGGCCCGAUAUAAUACCACGGCAGUACUCAAACAGCUGGAGGAGAAAACCAAGGAAGGAGAAAGGAGGGAACAGUUGUUGAAAUCCUUGUCUGAAGAGACAGAUGUGCUGAAAACACAGUUGUCUGCCACAACGGCAAGACUCGCUGAACUUGAAAGCAAAGCCUGUAUCAUUCGUUCAUCACAGACUGCAGCAGCAAACUGCUUCAACUCAUCAAUGAAUAAUCAUGAAAUGGAGAUACAGCUGAAAGAUGCUCUGGAGAAAAAUCAGCAGUGGCUCGUGUACGAUCAGCAGCGAGAGGCCUACGUGAAGGGCCUUUUAGCAAAGAUCUUUGAGCUGGAACAGAAAACGGAAGCAGCUGUUCACUCGCUCCCACAGACACAGAAGACUGAAUCCCAAGGUUAUCUUCAAGAAGAGAAGCAGAAAUAUUACAACAAUCUCUUGGCAAAUGCGAAAAAAGACCUUGAGGUUGAACGACAAACCGUUACUCAGUUGAGUCUUGAACUUAGCGAAUGUCAGCGAAAAUAUGAAGAAAGCCAAAAAGAAGUUCAAGAUUUAAAUCAGCUGUUGUGUUCGCAAAGAAAAGCAGAUGUCCAGCACCUGGAAGAUGACAGGCAUAAAACAGAGAAGAUACAAAGGCUCAAAGAAGAGAAUGACGUUGCUCGGAGAAAACUUGAGGAAGAGAAGAAGAGGUCUGAGGAUCUCUUGUCUCAGGUCCAGUUUCUUUACACAUCUCUGCUAAAGCAGCAAGAGGAACAGAUGAGGGUAGCUCUGCUGGAACAACAGAUGCAGGCAUGUACUUUAGACUUUGAAAAUGAAAAACUCGACCGUCAAAAUAUGCAGCAUCAAUUGCAUAUCAUUCUGAAGGAGCUCCGAAAAGCGAGAAGUCAGAUAACACAGCUGGAAUCCCUGAGUAGGAGGACGCAGCUUCAGGAACGGCUGGCUGCGUCUCCGGUCAGGAGUUUUGUGCCCAAGGUAACCUGGUCAAUGUUCCAGCAAGAGAAUCUGCAUGCUCUGAGGCUUCCCCUGGGUGACCCCUUCAUGUCCCAGGAAUCGUCCCUGGCCUUGUCAGCCUCUGCCCUCGGCUGCCUUCCUCAUCACAACCCUGGCCUGGGGCUGCACCCUGUGGUGCUUAUGGUGACCUUAGGGAUCCCCUCCUCAACACGCAUCGCUGACUAG